GUCAGUCAGUCAGCAUCAGCAUUGCGCAGUGUGAGACGCUCCUCGGGACAAGUUCCAGUGCCUGCUGCCUGCUGGAAAACGAAUCUAAAACUUUGCGCCAUCGAUCCGGUGCCACAACACGCAGUACACUGCCAAUAGCGCAAAAUGGAGCGAUACCUACGAUUUUACAUCAAAUUUCAAGGAUACAUGAUCGGUGUGUUUACGGUGCUGUUCUCCAUUCUGCUAACGAUUGUGAUAUUCGAGUCGAACGAAGUGUACUAUCCGAUGGAGUUUUAUUACAACUACCGCUUCAUGGGCAGUACGGCCCUGGUGCUGGGACUGUUUUGGUUUGUUGCUGGUCUGUGCUUCCUGUACGGUGUGCAUCGCGAAAUCAAGCAGUGCCUACUUCCGUUCGCCCUGCUCUACAUACUCGACCUGUGCCUGCUGGCCAUCCGGGAUAUUGUGAUGAUUUGGCACGAUCGUCGCUGGUACACGAUGGUGUUUGUGAACAUACCGUCAUUAAUUGCAGUGCUGUACAUCACAUGCUAUUUGUUCAUGACGCUGAUCGCUCUGGCGCGUUUGUUCAGCACCGAUCCGAAGCCGCAGACGGGUGAUAAUUUUGUACGGUUCAACAACGGCAUCACAAACCCGGUCGCACUGGAGGAUGAAGCGGCCCUGGUGGAAGGAUAGUCCCUGCUAAGCAUUCUCUCCCAUUCGCUUCUUGUCGUGGGAUGGUAUCAGUGUGUGUGUGUGUUUUGUAUUGUGUGUUAGCCACACUACGUUUAUCAGUAGUGAAGUCCUCAUUGUCUAAUCUUCCAUGUUUCGGCGACAUUAGCGUUAGGGAAAGCAUUGUUUUGUGAUUGAUUACAUGGGAACCGUGUGUAGAUUUAAAAUAGGCAAAAUGGAUGGAAAAUUUUGCGCCGUUUGUAGCGCCGUCCCCACUCUAAACUAUUCUAAUUUUAGUAAUAAAAGUGCGCCUGACAGUACGGCAUCGGGGUCCGUCUUUAUUAAUAAAUAAAUAAGCAAUAAAAGUGAGUCAAUACAUUUUACAUUUACA